CUCUCGCGUCGCAGCCGCCGCCGCCGCCUGCCUGCCGCCCCGGUCAUGGUGCUGGGCCGCGGGCUGCUCGGCCGCUGGAGCGUCGCUGAGCUGGGAGCCGCCUGCGCUCGUCUCGGCCUGGGUCCAGCCCUGCUGGGAAGCCUCCACCACUUGGGUUUAAGGAAGAGCUUGACCGUGGAUCAGGGCACCAUGAAGGUGGAGUUAUUGCCUGCUCUGACCGAUAAUUACAUGUACCUGCUCAUUGAUGAGGACACCAAGGAGGCGGCCAUUGUGGAUCCGGUGCAGCCCCAGAAGGUGGUGGAAACGGUGAGGAAGCAUGGCGUGAAGCUGACCACAGUGCUCACCACCCACCACCACUGGGACCAUGCUGGCGGGAACGAGAAGCUGGUCAAGCUGGAGCCUGGGUUGAAGGUGUAUGGGGGUGAUGACCGGAUCGGGGCCCUGACUCACAAGGUCACACACCUGUCCACACUGCAGGUGGGGUCUCUCCAUGUCAAGUGCCUGUCGACGCCGUGUCACACUUCUGGACACAUCUGUUACUUUGUGACCAAGCCCAACAGUCCCGAGCCACCCGCUGUGUUCACAGGUGACACCUUGUUUGUGGCCGGCUGUGGGAAGUUCUAUGAAGGGACAGCGGAUGAGAUGUACAAAGCCCUGCUCGAGGUCCUGGGCCGGCUCCCUCCAGACACGAGAGUGUACUGUGGCCACGAAUACACCAUCAACAACCUGAAGUUUGCUCGCCACGUGGAGCCCAACAACACCGCCAUCCAGGAGAAACUGGCCUGGGCCAAGGAGAAGUACAGCGUCGGGGAGCCCACGGUGCCAUCCACCAUCGCCGAGGAGUUCACCUACAACCCGUUCAUGCGAGUGAGGGAGAAGACGGUGCAGCAGCACGCGGGCGAGACGGAGCCUGUGGCCGCCAUGAGGGCCAUCCGCAAAGAGAAGGACCAGUUCAAGGUGCCGCGGGACUAGCAGCCGUGGGGCCUCCCAGGCAUUCAGGUGUGCCAGCUGACUCUCCGGCCAGGACUGCAGGAAGUUCCGUCUCAGUUUAAUUUUAAAUUAAUUGCAGAGCGCUUUGCUUGUGUUAUCAAAUGUUCUAAUGCAUAUUUAUAAGAGAAGAAGUUUAGAAAGUGUUUA